CGGCGUACAGAAAAAAUAGUUUGGCUCACAAAUAACAGUAUGCUACGCUAGUUUUGUUUGUUUAUUGGCAUCGAAACGGAAAUAGUAAAGUACGGAAAUAUAAAAGUAUCAAUUUUUUAGAUUUCUCUGCGAUUAUCUGUUCUGUUCUAUUCUAUUCUAAACAACUUUAGUCUUCUGAUCUGAUCAACUUUCUACACCAAUCAGCCAAUCACAAUGAGGGAAAUAGUUCACUUGCAAGCGGGUCAGUGUGGUAACCAGAUCGGAGCAAAGUUCUGGGAAGUGAUUUCGGACGAGCAUGGCAUCGACCCAACGGGUGCCUACGCCGGAGACUCGGAUUUGCAGCUAGAGAGGAUCGAUGUGUACUACACUGAGGCCUCUGGCGGCAGGUAUGUGCCAAGGGCAAUACUGGUCGAUCUGGAGCCGGGAACUAUGGACUCCGUCAGAUCUGGACCUUUCGGACAGAUCUUCAGACCCGACAACUUCAUUUUUGGUCAAUCUGGGGCCGGCAACAAUUGGGCUAAAGGCCACUACACUGAGGGAGCGGAACUGGUCGAUUCUGUUUUGGACGUUGUCCGGAAAGAGGCCGAGGGUUGUGACUGCAUUCAGGGGUUCCAGCUCACGCACUCUCUCGGAGGUGGUACCGGAUCCGGAAUGGGAACCCUUCUCAUCUCCAAGAUCCGAGAGGAGUACCCUGACCGAAUCAUGAAUACGUUCUCAGUCGUGCCAUCUCCCAAAGUUUCGGAUACCGUCGUGGAACCGUACAAUGCGACUCUUUCGGUUCAUCAGCUCGUGGAGAAUACUGACGAGACUUAUUGCAUCGACAACGAGGCACUGUAUGACAUCUGCUUCCGGACACUGAAGUUGACUACGCCAACCUAUGGGGACUUGAACCACCUGGUUUCUUCUACUAUGUCUGGAGUCACGACUUGCCUCCGAUUUCCAGGCCAGUUAAAUGCUGACUUGAGGAAACUAGCAGUGAACAUGGUACCAUUUCCUCGUCUCCAUUUUUUCAUGCCUGGUUUUGCUCCACUAACUUCAAGGGGCUCCCAGCAAUAUCGAACACUUUCGGUUCCCGAGUUAACCCAACAGAUGUUUGACUCAAAGAACAUGAUGGCCGCUUGUGACCCGCGACACGGAAGGUACUUGACUGUCGCGGCCAUGUUCAGAGGACGUAUGUCAAUGAAGGAAGUGGACGAGCAAAUGCUGAACGUGCAAAACAAGAACAGCAGCUACUUUGUCGAGUGGAUCCCAAAUAACGUGAAAACAGCAGUGUGUGACAUACCGCCUCGAGGCUUGAAGAUGUCGGGAACGUUCAUUGGAAACAGCACUGCGAUUCAGGAAUUGUUCAAGCGAAUUGGGGAGCAAUUUACAGUCAUGUUCAGACGAAAGGCUUUCUUGCAUUGGUACACUGGCGAGGGUAUGGACGAGAUGGAAUUCACAGAGGCUGAGAGCAACAUGAAUGAUCUUGUGUCUGAGUACCAACAGUACCAGGAUGCGACUGCCGAGGAAGACGGAGAGUUCGAAGAGGAGGAAGACGGUGAAGAGGCUUGAAAAGCAACAUUUCAGAGCUGAAAAAGCAUACAGAACUCAUGUGCAUGAGUUUAUUUAUACAGCAAAUGAAAUACAUGGGCGUGUGGGUUUAUACUGAUAUUAAAAUGCAAUUAGUCGAAUAGGUUUCCUUUUCUUAUACCAAUGAAAUUGGACCUUCGCAAUAUUACAUGAAUUGUGCAAUACUCAAAUGUCAAUUUAAAUGUGUCAUCAAUUUUAAAUUUACAUCAAUUAUAUAAAGCUGAAUCUAAUUUAUUCCUGUCAUCGAUCUUAAAUUUAGAUUAUUAUUGCAA